AUGUCUGGUGAUAUAAAUCUAGCUGAACAUUUAAAAACUGCUCAGGGAAAUGCAAGUUAUAUUAGUGCUGAUAUCCAAAACCAAAUAUUAACUUCUUGUUCAAAUUUAAUAUUAAAACAAAUUAUUUCAAAAGUUAAUGCUGCUAAAUGUUUCACUGUAUUAGCAGAUGAAACUGCCGAUAUAUCGGGAAUUGAGCAAUUUUCUCUGUGUGUACGUUAUUUUGAAUUUUCUUCAAUGCAAAUGAGAGAAGAUUUCUUAACGUUUGUUCCUGUUACUGAUGUUACAGGUAUGGGUUUAGCAAACACACUUUUAAAUACCCUUGAUAAACUUGGUAUUGAUUUGAAAUAUUUAAGAGGCCAAGGUUUUGAUGGUGCAGCUACCAUGAGUGGAUGCUUUAAUGGUGUACAAUCCCACGUUACCAAAAAAUAUCCACUUGCUCACUACAUUCAUUGCACCUCACAUUGUUUAAAUCUAGCAAUAUCCGACACAUGUAACGUUCAAUCUAUACGAAACUGUACUGGUACCAUACAAAAAGUAUGUGUGUUUUUUAAAUACCCUAAACGACAAAAUGUAAUGUUAGAAUCAAUAAAACGUGUAUGUCCUGAAUCACAGAUUACUAAACUAAAAUUACUUUUUCCAACAAGAUGGGUCGAUCGGCAUGACUCCAUAAUUACUUUUAUGGAAUUAUUUGAUGCAGUUAUUGAUGGAUUACCGAUUAUUUCUACAUGGCCAGACAGAGAAUCGUCAUCAGGAGCUUAUCAACUUUUGUGUGCUAUUAAGCAACCUGAAUUUAUUUUGGCAACACAUCUGCUAGCAAAAGUAUUUAGCAUAAGUUUACUUCUUAGUAAACUUCUUCAAAUUAAAAAUAUAGAUUUAAUUGAAGCCAUGUCUCUGGCAGAUAAUGUAUCUGAUGUGUUAAAAAAUAUCAAAAAUAAUGCAGAUGAGGAUUUUAAGAAACUAUUUUUGAAAGUGAAAGAAAAAUAUAAUUUUAUUAGUCAACUUCAUGAUAGGUUCAUUGCACAUAAAUCUCUAAUUACCAAUUUUUGCUGUCUCUUACCAAACAAUAAUUUGCCAAAUAGAGAAGAAAACAUAAAAAGUUUGACAGAAAAGUAUAAUGAAGAUCUUCAAUGA